UAUAUUUCGUGUGUUUAAUAAUGAAUCAAUAAAUUGCGAUUGUGUUUAAUUUUCUUAGCCACUCGAUUAAAUUAUUUUGACGAAUAAUGGAGGUGUCUCUAGGCGAAGUAAUCUCCGAGUUGGAAGCAAAUAUCACCAGGAGUCUAGAAAUAGAGAAGAUGUCAGAAGUCCUUGAAAACUUUUACAAGAGCUUAACCAACGAUACGGAUUAUUUCUUGAUAUCACUGUACAUCCCUACCAUUCUAUUGGCUGUUACUGCAAAUUUAAUCGUUAUCAUCGUUGUCAUUAAAUUUCAGUAUAUGCGCAGCGUAACAAAUUAUUUCGUGGUAAAUUUGUCUGUAGCUGAUCUCCUGGUGACACUUAUCUGCAUGCCAAUGUCUGUAAGCCAAGCUAUUUCGAUAAUAUGGAAUUACGGUGAAAUAAUGUGCAAGCUUUUCUUUUAUCUUCAGGGUGUUGCCGUCGCAGCUUCUGUGUUCACGAUAACGGCCAUGAGUAUUGAUAGAUAUCUGGCAAUCCGAAGCCCGAUAGCCCUUCACAGAGUGUUUAAUCGUAAAAGCACUAUAAUGAUUAUCAUAGCACUUUGGUUUAUCGCGCUCAGUAUAUUUGCUCCAUUGUUCAAAGCGGUAUCACUUGAGAAUCUAAAUUCACAAUUGAACAUUACUCUUCUGGUGAAGUCGGGAGAAAAUAAAAGUUUCAAAAUCGUCCAACCACCGGUUCUUCAAGUUUGCUCGGAGGAUUUUAAACCCCUCGGGAUUCACGCAUACGUCUUUGGAACCUUCUGCUUUGUACUAGUUUACGCAAUUCCCGGAUUCAUCGUGAUCUUGACUUAUUCACUGAUGGGCAGAACUUUGUGUGCUAGAAAACCGCCGUUUGAUUAUGAUAGCAACGUGGGAAGUGCAAGCUCACAACAGGGUUUUAGAUUAAUGCGUGAGCGCAAACGGGUGGCAUGGAUUUUACUGACACUAGCCAUCCUCUUCGCACUGUGCUGGUUACCCUACAACGUCCUGCGGUUACUCGUUGACCUCGGCGUCGUGUAUGAAGGCAGAGUGAUUCCAAUUGUACUUCCUUAUUGCCUGUAUCUUGGCCACGCAAAUAGUGCACUCAACCCCGUUGUCUAUUGUUUCAUGACACGCAAUUUCCGUCAAAGUGUUAAGCAGAUUCUUUGUCGGCGAUCUGAAAAAUCAAAUAGAUCUAAAAGUAACCGUAAGAGUGCCGGGAACGUAGGAGUAAUUCUUGGCUCAAGUAUAAAGCAACGAGGUAUUCGGGUCCCAAAGAAACCCCGGGAAGUUGCAAUUGCUGCGGUGGCUCAACCUGCAAUUGACAGAACCGCCCCCGAGCGUACUGCAUCCUCGAGCAGUGGCUAUGGCAGCGCAAACAGCCGUCACAGUCCGCAUCGACGUUGUUACAUGUUAAAAAGCACGCCGGAGGCUAGAUCUGUUGGUAGAGCUUCCGCAGCAGCUUGCAAUUCUGGUAAAUUAUUGGCAAAACAAGAAUUACAUGUUGCGACAAGUUUGAAUAAUGUCGACGGUAAUGCGACUAACGAUAAUAGAGAUUUUCAGGGUCCUCGGCGCAGUAGGAGCUUACAGACUCUGUCUACUGUUACAAUUCAGCAUCAGCUUACUAUUGAAAGCGCUAAUCAGACAACUCAGUCUACAAACGAGAUCUAG